AUGGAUUCGACCUUUACUACUAUGCUGCUUAUUGCUUCCAUUGCCUUGACGGCUGUCAGCGUCGAGGCGUUGAUUGGCAUUGCGCCUUCACCAGCAACAACUUCAGCCGGAGCCUCUUUGUGUUCUUCACAUGCUUAUUCUUCAGGAAGAAAGUCCAGUCGAGCUGGAUCCCUUUAUUAUGCUGAGCGAGACCAACAGUAUCAGGACUAUGCUUACGAACAAGAGCAACGCAAUAAUGGCGGUUGGAAUGAAGGACCACAACCUGGUGGUGGACUUGCUGCUGAACAACAAAACCAGCAAUCAUGGAACGAAAACAAUAACCAGUUUCAACCUGAUAGACCGCCGCAAGAAGAAUAUUUCAACGGCGACGUUGGUUACAACAAUGUGAACUACAAUUCUUUUGCGGACAAAUCGAACAACCAAUAUUAUGCUGAAGGUCAACCUUAUGAAUCCAGCAAUCCACACCAAUUUGAGGCGCAGGAGUAUCAGCAGGCCAGCUUCAAUCAUCAAGAGGCGCAAAAUCAAGGAUAUUAUCCCCCAAAUCAAGAAUACCUGAAUGAUUACCAGCAGCAACAGCCAUACGAGCCACCUCAAGAAUUCAAUCAGGGUUAUGAACCUCCAAGAGACAUGCAACAGCAACGACAAGAAGAAGACUAUAGACGAUAUCCAACUCGGAUGAACCGGUCAAGACCUUCCAGCUUGUUGGAUGACAUGUUUGACGAUCCAUUCUUCAAUGAUGACCCAUUCUUUGACAACUUUUUCGCAAUGCCAACACCCUUUAGCAUGUUGAACAAGAAUAGAAGAAGGGACGAGGGACGCUCAUCUUCCACCAGCUUGCUGGCAGAAAUGUUUGAUGAUCCAUUCUUUGACGAUCCCUUUUUUGAUAAAUUCUUUUCCAUGCCAACACCUUUUCGCGCGUUGUCGCCCUUUUACCGCACCCGACGAAAAAGCUCCAGCAACGGCAGCAGCAUUGCCAAUUCGAAUUUCAGAUCGGCCUUCUCCAUGUUGGAUCAGAUGCGGCAGAAAAUGGAAGUCUUUUCCAAUUAUGAUGGAUUCUUGCAGCGAGGAGAAGGUAGUAGUCGCAUACUCUUGGAUAAGGCCGAACGGUAUCUAAACGACGACGUAGCCUGCCGCAUGGCCCUGGGUGUGGGCAAUGAGGAUCGCAUUCGCUUGGGGGGCAUUCUAGGUUCCGCCUCGUCCAUGGCGUAUGCUGCCGUCUGGGAUGGACCCGAACAACAACAACAACGCCAAGAGCGGCGGGCUCAGCGGAACCUUCAAGUUGCCGUGGAAGGACCGGACCCAAGAAUGAUGGAGGCCGUGGUCAAGAUUACAGCCUUUGAGGAUGAUGAAAUCCAAAGCUUGACGUUGCAGACCCGUGACGGCCGAGAAAUAUCCGUGCCAGUGAUUGGAAGGCAGAACGACCACAAUAACAACGCUAAUUUUGAAGAUGGAAGAUUCUUCAAUGAAGAUCCUCGAGAGGUUCCUCCGCCACCAGGAGUAAUUGAUGCUGAGGUUAUCGAACAAGGGCGGCGAUGA